AUGUUUUCUCUUUGGUAUUUACUCGUUAUUCAAGCCUACAAAGUUUCCAUUGAAGUUUUAAGUGCCUCGAGAGGAUGUACGGCCAUACUUAGAUGUGUCGUACCUAGUUUCGUUAAAGAAAUGGUUAAAGUUGUUUCUUGGGUUCAAGAUCCAUCGACUUACCUUUAUCCAAAAUUACAAGGAGAUGGAAAAUAUCACGUUUUACCAACGGGAGAAUUAUUAAUACAUAAUUUACAAUUAAAUGAUCAAUAUCCGCAAUACAGGUGUCGUACAAUGCACAGAUUAACUCGUCAAGUUGUCGGAAGUCCUCCUGCCACGAUUCGCAUUUCCGGUACAAACAAAGGAUUUAAAAGAUUCUUCUUUCAGAGCGGAAGUAAAAUCAACGACAGAAAAAAAAACAAAAAAAAGUGA